GUGGUCGUGGUGGAAGUGUUUGGAGUUUGCGUUGAACAAGAACGCGGAGGGCCAGAGAAGUGGUGAUCAUACCGCAGCCUUGUAGGCCACCAAAACACGCUCCAGCCCGAAGAAUUACAAUGAAAUAUACCUAAAAGUUUGCUCAGAAGACGCUGGAGUUGACGCUAGAGUGACUUUUUGAUACUGGAGCUGCUUCCUUGUUCGACAACCGAGUGAAAUAUCUCAACAUCCUCACAAAGAAACUUUGCUUGCUAGGCUGCUAACUCACACACAAGCCAGAAAAAGUAUGAUCACCGUCGAAGACUUCACCACAACCUAUUAGUAACGUCUCAUCCGUCGAGCUAAGUGCUGCUGGUAGUUGUAUUUCCUCGGAAAUGACCUUUAUAUCAGUCAAGCCUGACUUUUGUAACGGUUUUGAGUAGUCAACAUCACCAGAGGAGGAAGAGUUACAGCUGGUAACUUGGUCCAGCCACUACCAGUGUUGCUACAGAGCGCCCCCACAUCUCUCCCAGACAGGACAUCCACUGCUAACCCUUCAACAGUCAGCGAUGAGCUCAGUGGUCCCAGGUUUGUUGCUGGAAAAGAUGUCUGGCCGAAGUGGAGUUGGACAGACCCGGGCAGCUGCUUUGGGUCCACAGCCCCUCAAGGCUACCAUCCCCUAUCAGCUGGCCAGCAAACCUCGAUCAAACCGGAGAGAUGGAAAGUCAGCUGGAAAGGCCAAAUCGCACCAGCUGAGUUCUGGCAUGAGGCGGACAAUGUCUCUCGAUGCCAUCAUCGGACCAUACCUGCAGGGGCACUGGCCGAAAGAACCGGAGGGCCAGAGCAGCCUCUCUCGCAAGGACAAAUCCACUCAGACCCCAGACUCGUGGUCAGAUGACUCUCAGAGCAAGAAGGGAAGCAGCAGCCACAAACGAUCAGCAUCAUGGGGCAGCGCUGAGCAUCUGCGAGAGAUUGCUAAACUAAAACAACAGCUGCAGCAACGCAACAAACCUGCAGUCUCUGGGGGACAUGACAAAGACCGGCAGCGAGGUUAUCCUCAGCGGAGCUGUAGCCUAGGAACUACUCAGACUCAGCCAAUUCCCAUCCCUCUUGCUCCCUUGUCAACACUGGUCCCUCGACUGCGCUGUAGCGUGGAGGGCCUCAACCAGGAGCUGGAAGGCAUGUUCAUCUGUCAGCCACUGCAUCCUCAGCACAGGCUCCUCGAGGUUCCAGACGGUCACCGGGCUCCGGUCCCUCCACAGAGCUGCAGCAGUGGCUCUCAGAGUGACCCCGCCAUCACUCCCAUGACCCCAUCCUCCACCUCACCCUGCUCUUCUCCCAACUACAUCUCCACCUCCCCACCUAACACUGGGGACACUCCCCUGGACCUGCACCAAGGUUUAAUAGACAGCGCAGAGAUGUGCCUCCUGUCUCCGUUCUCCCAGAACGAGGCUGACCUCUCCCUGCCUCUGCUGAUCUCCUCCUCCCCAGGACCCAACAAAAGCUGCUGCUUCCAGAGAGAGCCUCCAGAAGGCUGCGAAAAGGUCCGAGUCUGGGAGGAGACCAGCAUUCCACGGGAAGCAAAGCCGGCCCUCAUUUCCUCCUGCCCGGACCCUAACAAGGUAAACUUCACCCCCCACGGGGGCUCGGCCUUCUGCCCCGUCAGCCUCCUGAAGCCCCUGCUCCCCUCCAUGGACCUGUUGUUCCGCAGCCUCACCGUCUCUCCAGCAGGCAGUGCUGCGAGCCAGGGAACGAGCUCCUGCCAGGCGACGUCCUCUGGCAACCAUGCUGCUGCUCCAGACCCUCCUGCCUCCACCACGGCCGCUGCUGCUGUUGUGGGAGAAAGCUCUGGGGAGGGCCUCGCUUUUUGAUCACAGCUGCAGAUGUUUUCUGUGGAAAUUUGAUUGUGCAUAAUGCAAAUCUUUCAGUGUUGAGGGACGGAUUUGUUGCUGUUGCUUUAUUUUAGGGAAGGCCCAUCCCUUUUCUACACAGGUAUAAAAUAACCUCAUGUUGGAAAAAUAACAUUGAAAAAAAAGAAUUGAUAUCACACUCCUACACAAUCCAAAGGAUAUGCUUUAUAAGUUACUUGAAUUGGAGGUCCUGGCAUUGUGAUGUACCUAAAUUAAGAACCUUGUGGUUGUCAUUUCAGUAUCCAAAGAUUUAUUUUUGGCCAAACCAGGAGUGUGAAAGUCUGAUGACAGGACUGCUCACUACUCCACCUUAGAUGCGAUUUGUAGGGUGACUGACCCCCUUCAUAUAUUGCUGCACAGAUUAUUCAGUUUUCCCCAAAGAAGCCAUGACAUAGACUUACUCUUUGAUACUGGUUUUUUAAGUCUUUGACUGUCCAAUAUGUUAGAGGAAGUAUCUGGGUCAAGUAAGGAAAAAAUCCUUCUUGGAGAAGUUUGGUUGUUCUUAAGCAUUCUGAAGAUAUUUAUCUGCAAUUCACCUUUUUUUUGCCUAACUUGACCCUGCACCUGUUGCUGGUGUACAAAGCAUGACAAAUCAGUUGGGUACAUUUUUAUUUACUUGGUUUAGAAAGGAGAAAAAAAGAUACAAUGAAAUCACAUUUUGAUUAAUGUAGACUGAAGGGAAUAUUCCAGUUGUUGGACUUGGGUAGCAUCAGUACCUAAAGGCUUCAGCUCAUGCAUUCCUGCUUUAAAAGUUGUAUAGGUGUUUUUUUUUUGUUUUUUUGUUUUUUUGGUUGUCAUCUUGUUUACUUGCAAAAAAGUAACUUGUGCACGUGUUAAUGGAUAAAAACCUGUUAUUCUUUGAUGUUCUAGAUGUGUGCUUGAUGGUAUGUUUAUAGUAUUUGAGGUUUCACAGCCUAGUUGACUACCUAACCAGUUUUAGUGGUGUAGAUUUGUCAUCCCUAAAUGUUUUCUCUGAAGAUGUUUGUUUUCUUCUGCCAAGCUGACAAGUUGAUGUUCAGAUAGUUUUAUUUCUGGUAGACAUUGUUUGCACAAAUUGAACUGCUACGUUUGAGUUGCAAUUCUUAUUUUUAUAUUCACAUUUUGUACUUCAUUGUAAAUUAAAAAGUAGUAAUGUGUAUUUUCUACAUCUCUUUUUCUAUUACCUGCAACAUAAGCUAAAAAAAUAAAUAAAUAAAUACCAGUUAUUUUUAGUUUCAUUCUGUCUGUAUAACCGAGGCAGGUGUUUGUUACACGAGAUAUUGUAUCAGGUGGAUUUUCAUGCACUUCCAGGAGAAGGGUUUUUUAUGUGGAGGAACGUACGUUAGUCCUGGGUUUAUUGUUUUCUGACAGGAGUUUUGUUUCUGUGCGCACAUGGAUGGAAAGUUAAUUAGUCUGAUUGUUUGACUAACUUCUACUAGUUCUAGUAUCCUGGUGAAAUGCUGAUGCAUUUGAACAUUGUCUGUUUUCAUAAAAGUCUCAAUGUCAAUGUUUGAUGAGUCUGUGUGGAUGCUGGGGACGUGCUGUUAUCUCAGGUUCUGUGUUCUGUCCACAUAAACACAUGAUCAAUAACAUGUUGUCUUUGUGAUAAUUAAAUCAGUGUUAAGUCCUAACUCGAAA